CCCAGCCAGCAAUGAGUUUUUAAAAAUGAUUGCUGGUAGUUUAGAUUUGAUAGACUAUGGUAAUAGUAAUACUAGUUGCUAACAUUUAUCGAAAGGCACUGUUUGCUAAAUGUUUUUCAUUUCCCUUGAUACAUUUGUAUAUCUUAUGGUCUCUGUGGGCUAGAAUGUCUUUCUUUCUUUCUGGAAAAACUCUUUUAAAGCUGGAUUUUUUUUUAAAAAAGUCUCCUCUAUUUUUAAGAAAGCCUUCUGUGAGGAAAUUAUGUCUGUUUGAACCACAAAACGUUACACAGUACAUUUCCGUUUUCCUGUAAUGAUCAAUUUGGUUGUCUGCCUUCCGAGAUUGCAGGACCAUGAGGGUAAAGACCAUCUUUUAUGCAUUUUUGGGUCCUCUGUACCUAUCACAGCCACAGCCUCCUGCUUUUUCUAAGCAUCCCACAUUAACUCUUUGUAAAGAACAAAACAAUGAACAGCUAGUUUCAAGUAGAUUGUAAAUGUUGACCUUGAAUUUACUAACACUAACUGAAGCACUACACUUUAUAGCCUGUAAAGUGCUUCUGCAUUAUUUCAUUCCAUUUGUCACAUCUGUCAUGUUAGGUAUUAUAAGCACAUUUGUAGUUGAGGACAUUUUAUCAAGUGCCAGAGCUGGAGUCUGAAACUUUGUUAGUUGACUUUUGGUCUCGAGAUUAUUUCCAUUGUACCAUAGCCAUAGGAAUGGUAGCUUCUGUAUAACUGGAACGAGGGAGCUUCAAAAGGCACCCCAAAGCACUGGUGAGGUGGCGCAUAGCUUGAACAAAAUCAACGCUCUGUAAAGCUACAAGCAGCAAACGCUGUGUGCAGCAAAGGAUGAUGGGACUGUUAGCUCACCCUCUUUCCGUUACUUUGCGAGCCCAAAUCUUCGCGCAGUUCCAGGUUUUGCCUCUAGCUCGAGAUCGCCCGCCUCUGCCCCUUAACUUGCACUUUCUUCCUCCCUUCACUCGGCUGAGGGCCAGUCUCUCGGCCACUCUGAGACCACUCGCAAGCCUCCAAAGCUCCUAUUGGUUCGUCCACCUUUCAGGUCCGUCCCUCCUGCCAGAGGCCCCGCCUCCUCCAAGCCGCACUCCCGUUUUCCGUUCCUCUAGCUCAGGAGGCGACCCCGGCCAAACCGGUUGGUACACAGGAGGGGAAGUCGAGCAGCAGGAAGUGGCCUCUCUUUCCCGAAGCCCCACUGCCUUGUGGGAUCGCGGCGGGUUCCUCCAACCUGAACAGGUUUUCUGAAUCCCUCCACCCCCCCUCCUUCGUAGAGUACGGAAGCUGAGAGGGCCCGCGAGCAGCCAUGGCGGCGCAUCUUAAGAAGCGGGUGUAUGAGGAAUUCUCUAAAGUGGUUCAGCAACCACAGGAGGAAAUUGCUACUAAGAAACUCCGACUGACAAAACCAAGUAAAUCUGCAGCACUCCACAUAGAUCUGUGUAAAGCUACCUCCCCAGCAGAUGCUUUGCAAUACCUACUCCAGUUUGCCAGGAAGCCUGUUGAGGCAGAAAGUGUGGAGGGAGUAGUCAGGAUUCUCUUGGAACAUUAUUACAAGGAGAAUGAUCCAUCUGUGAGACUGAAAAUUGCAUCAUUGUUGGGAUUAUUAUCAAAGACUGCAGGAUUUUCACCUGACUGCAUUAUGGAUGAUGCCAUUAACAUCCUGCAGAAUGAAAAGUCUCAUCAAGUCCUAGCUCAACUGCUGGACACUCUGCUUGCAAUUGGCAAUAAACUGUCAGAGAAUCAAGCUGUCCAGCUGCGAUUAGUUGAUGUAGCUUGCAAGCACUUAACAGAUACCUCUCAUGGUGUAAGAAAUAAGUGCCUACGAUUACUUGGCAAUCUUGGCUCUUUGGAGAAAAGUGUCACAAAAGAUGCAGAAGGCUUAGCUGCCAGAGAUGUCCAGAAAAUUAUAGGGGAUUACUUCAGUGACCAAGAUCCACGUGUCAGAACAGCAGCUAUAAAAGCCAUGUUGCAGCUCCAUGAAAGAGGACUGAAAUUACAUCAAACAAUUUAUAAUCAGGCCUGUAAAUUGCUCUCUGAUGACUAUGAACAAGUGCGCAGUGCUGCAGUCCAACUUAUCUGGGUUGUUAGUCAGCUCUAUCCUGAAAGCAUUGUCCCAAUCCCUUCUUCUAAUGAAGAAAUUCGCUUAGUUGACGAUGCGUUUGGAAAAAUUUGUCACAUGGUCAGUGAUGGCUCCUGGGUGGUUCGUGUUCAAGCUGCAAAGCUAUUGGUAAGUUACACUUUCUUUAAUGAACACAUUGCUUGUUAAGUUUUUCCAAACAUUUUGAGAAGCUAUGGAUAGGAGCAAUGUGACCCACAUUCAGAAACCCUAGAAUUUCUUUUAAUAUAGAAAGGAAUAGCUCAUUCUCCUGUAGAAAAAUAGCCUUUUAGAACUAGAAAAAAUCUUUAAGAUAAUCCUAUUUGUUAGCAUCUGAGAUAGCCAAUCCAUAGAGAAAAAGGAAAAUAAGAAAUAGUUGCUACUAUUUAUUAAACAUCUGCUGUAACACAGAUAUUAUUGAAGAGGGCCCUUUAUAUACAUUUUCUCGUUUACUCUUCAUUGUAAUCCUGAAAGAUAGAUAUUACUCUGUCUUGAUAGGUUUUCCAGAUGAGAAAACUGAGGCUCUGAUGAGUUAAGUAAAAUUUCCAGCAUAUACAGAUAGAAAAUUAUACAGCGAGAUUCAGAAAAUUAUAGAGCGAGAUUCAGAUCCCAAUUUUCCGUCUUUUUAGCCCAAUACUUUCCUACUGUUUUAUUUUUGAGGACUCAUAGCACAUUUAUCAAAAAAUUUUAACUAUUUAGGGGUAAAACUGUCCUGUAGUAGAAAGACUGUUGGCCUGAUACUCAGCCUUAUUUUAUAUCUGUGUUACCUUGGAC